AUGCUUCCUCUAAGGAACAUCGGCUCCCGAGCCGCCAGGCGCGCCACUGCAUUCGGAGCAGCAACACCACCCAGCAUCAGGGCCUCCUUUCCUUCCGGUCCUGCAAGGCAUCUCUCCGCAUCCGUUGCUUCCCAGUCCCGGCAUCAGCUGAAUGUGAAGAUCGCCACGGACGGGAUCCAAGUUGAUGGUCUGGCCGACGGUUCCCCUCCCGCACUUUUGGUUAAGUGCGUGAAUCAAGACACAUCGCAGAGAAACUUCGACACAUACUCCAUCAGUGAAGAUGUUCGUCCUUCCGACAUCAAGUCGGAAAAAGAAGGGAUCCGCGUGACUUGGAAGCAAGACGGUCACAAGAGUUUCUAUCCCUGGCACUUCGUCAAGCAUUACCUGCAGAAUGACCACCGCAGCCCGGAGCAAGUCAACUACCACUUUUGGGGCUCCGAUAUUGGCAGCAGACGCCCCGUCGUCGACUACAACCACCUAAUGGCCUCGGAGGAUGAAUCGGGCAUCGCAAAGUUGACCAAUCUCAUCCGCGAGUAUGGCUUUGCUUUUGUCGACGGGACCCCCUUCGAGACCCCCGAGCCGACCCAGCGUGUUUUGGAAAAGAUUGCCUUCAUCCGUGAGACGCACUACGGCGGCUUCUACGACUUCAUCCCCGACCUUGCCAUGGCCGACACUGCCUACACCAACAUCGCCCUCCCGGCCCACACGGACACUACCUACUUCACGGACCCGGCCGGCUUACAGGCCUUCCAUAUGCUCUCCCACGAGGCCCCGCCGGGGCAGGAGCCGCCCAAGGACGGCAAGCUGGGAGGAGAGUCGCUACUCGUCGACGCCUUCCACGCCGCCCGCAUCCUACUGAAAGAGGACCCCAAGGCGUAUGCCAUAUUGUCGAAGGUGCGCCUGCCAUGGCACGCAAGCGGCAACAAGGGCAUCACAAUCUCCCCCGACAGGCGGUACCCCGUGCUCGAGGUCGACCAGGAAACGGGCCAGCUGCAACGGGUGCGGUGGAACAACGACGAUCGUGGGGUUGUGCCCUUCACCGAGGACGUUUCCCCGACCGAGUGGUAUGCGGCAGCCCGCAAGUGGGAUACCAUUCUUCGGCGGCGUGACGUCGAGUACUGGGUACAGUUGAAGCCCGGUCAAGUUUUGAUUUUUGACAACUGGCGAGUGAUGCACGGCCGGAGUGCUUUCGAGGGAAGAAGACGCAUUGCCGGUGCCUAUAUCAACCGAGAUGAUUUCAUCUCUCGCUGGAGAAACACAAACUUUCCCCGCGAGCAUGUCCUAAACCAGGUUGUGGGCUGA